AUGGCGGCGGCCCGGAGCGCCGCCGCCGCCCGCCGCGCAGCGCUGCUGCUGCUGCUCGCCGUCCUCGGGGCCUGCCGCCUGCACGCCGCCGCCGGCCAGGCCGCGGAGUCGUGUCCCCGGAGCCUGGACUGCACCCUGCAGCGCCGGGAGCUCUGCCCGCCGGGAUCCCACACCUGCGGGCCGUGCCUCCAGCAGUUCGUGGAAGAUGACCACGGGCGAUGCGUCCAGAAGAAACACUCGCCCACUGGGAGGGCUUCAGUUCCCAGCUUGGAGGAACAAAUCGAUUUUCUGGCAGACGUGCUGGCCAGGCAAGAUGCUCCUCAUGCCCACCCACUGCACGAUGGCAAACCCAGAACUGUUGCAACCCUGGCGGGGAGGCAUCGUGUGGCCAGCAGGUUGCAAGGGGAGUCUUUGCAGAGGGAUCCUAUGGGCAGCAAGGCAGCCACGACCCUCCCCACCUCUACGACCGAGGCAGUCCAGAAAUACCCUGUGGAGGCAUCGCCCAUGCCUUCAAAUGAUGACGUAGUGCUCGGGCUGAUUGUGGUGUGCACCGUGGCUGGGAUCUCCGCUCUCAUCGUGGCUGCUGUCUGCUGGUGCAGGCUGCAGAAGGAGGUCAGGCUGGCGCAGAAAGCAGACUACUCAGCGCAGAGAGCAUCCAGCCCUUUGCCCUACGACAACAUCUCGCCUGGGGACAAGACGCUGGCUCAGAGUGCCCAGAUGUACCACUACCAGCACCAAAAGCAGCAGAUGCUCUCCAUGGAGAAGCAUAAAGAGGAGCCCAAACUGCCAGACUCUGCGUCAUCCGACGAGGAGAACGAGGAUGGAGACUUCACUGUAUAUGAGUGCCCGGGGCUGGCUCCGACGGGAGAAAUGGAAGUGCGCAACCCGCUGUUCGAUGACUCCACCUUACACCCCCCGAGCCCCAAGUUGCACCAGUAACACCCGUCCUCGCUCCUCGCACCCAAGCUCGCUACGGACUGUACGCAGAACGCCCGGACCUACCGCAGGUGGCCACCGCCGCAGGGCACCCGCGGGGCCCCAAAAAACCCCGCUCUGCCAGACUGUUCGCCGCCUGCCCAAUAAACACCCGCUAUCAGCUACGGGACGGGGGGCCGCCCCCCCUGUUUCCAGCCUCCUUGGUCUCUUUGGCGACAGUGCGUCCCUGCCUUGCCCCAUGGCUCCCCCGUGCCGCCGCUGUGGCACGGAAAUGGGGGGGCUGCAGUACCAGCUCCAAGGAGGGGGGCGAGAGCUGCUCUGACACCCGCAGCCAGGCUAAAAAUGCAAGAGGAGCUGGGAAAGGUCCUGAGAGGGAGGCACAGAGCACCGACAGGGCCGCAACACGCUCUCGGCUUCAGCCGGCAGCGCGGCCAGGGUUGGUCGACUUUGCCGUGAGCCCAUCCAGGAGGGCUGGAAACUUUCCCAGGAUUCGGCAAGCAUCUUUAAAGGCUGGCACUGGGCUGCCUGCUCUGUCCCCUCCUGCCCCCAAAAGCCUCUGUGCCCGGGGCCCUGCUUGAGAAGCCCAAAGCGGGAACGAGAGGGAGAUGAGGAGGCUACAGGCUUUGCUCCAGGUGAUGCAUCCGUGACUGCUGCCGCCGCAGGGAGCAUCCCCGCACAGUGCGCGGCCGCUGCUUUGCACAGGCAGCACAGUGGCCUUCCCCCCACCGUGGGCCCAGUGCUUUACUCCUUGCUGGGGCUGCUGGUCCCCAGAGGUGCCCAUGCUGAGGAAGGCCCAGGUGCCCAUGGGGACCCCCUUGCCCAGGACGGCGGCACGAGCCCCUCCAACGGGCAGGGGAUUUCCUUGAGAUGUGCUCGCGAUGUUUUAGGCUAUCUGCAUCUUCUCCACUGCUCUGGCCGCCGUGGGGCUGGAUUUUAAAGCGCCCUGGGGUGCCAAGGACAAGAAAGCUGUCAUGUGCAGUGCUCAGCACCACUGGGCUUCCCGGGCAUCAGUCAGAAAAGGUUAAACAUUUUGCUUUGAAACCGGCUAGCAGUGGAGAAGAGAGCAGAGAGCAGAGCAUCCCCAGGGCUCGAGGAGGGCAAGGAAAGCCGUAGCCAAGCAGUUGUCCGGACGAUGGCAGAGCUUGCCAAGUGAGGGGCGCAGCAGGCACCCCCACGGCUCGCUGCAGCGCCAGCACAGCUGCAUUGGGACCCUGCUGCCCGCCAGCAUCGCCCCGUGCCCGUCCCGAGACACCGGUCCCUGUGUAGGCAAAUUCCGGGCUGCUCCGCUGCAGCCAGUACUCCCUGCAUGGCACGGGACGGUUCCCACGUCCAUCAGGGCACUGUGUCUGGCUCCGGAGCCAUGGUGGCCAGUGGCUGCAUGUUGUGCCCACUCGCCAGCCCGUGCUGCCACAUCCUGGCUGGGAGCCCCACAUCUCUUCCCAGAGCCUCCAGGGUGGUUGCUGCAUGCAGGUGGCUCAUUGCACGCGUGGGUGAUGCAGGCAGAGACGUGGCCCCGUGCCGGUGAGCAGUGGUGCAGCGGGGCUUAAAGGCAGAAGUCGUCCCUUCAUGGAUGCUUUCUCUUCGCUGCACUACGUUAAAUGUGGGUUGCUGCCCCCUCUUCCCUGACAGCAUCGUCAUUGUAUGGAUUGUAGUUAUUUUUUUUUAAAAAAAGGAGAUUUUAUUAAAACAACCAUGUUUGAGA